CUCACAAUCCCCCCCAAAAGAUUUGCUACAGACGACCGCCAUGUGAUAGGUCAUUUCCGAAAAUAUCUUGCCAACUCGCCACGAUGGCAUCCUCCAGCGCCGACCAAACUUCAGACAACGCCCACGUGUAUACCACUCACGUCCGGCAAGCCAACAUCCUGUCCAUGCGCCGCUACUACGCCAAGAAUCGCGACAAGGAACUACUCCGGUUCAAAGCGUACUACCAGAAAAACAAAGACAAGAUCCGCGCCUAUAAGAAGCGUGCUCGUGAGCAGACCAAGGACCACCUCAGCAGCACCGUCGCCGAUAAAAACUGUCCUUCCAGGGGUGGCAUGUUGCCGACAACGUGCACGAAUGCGAUGGACAUUGGGUACUUGUGCUCCAACGAACGACGACCCCAAGCAUUGGACAAAGUCAAGAUGAACGUGUCAUUUCUAUUGAAUUGAGGUGUUAGGCACAGCUUAUUUAAUACUACUACAUAUCCCCA